AAUUUCACUAAAACUAUAGACAUUUUGUACAUGUAGACUUUAUCAGAUUCUCAAGUGGAGAAUGCAGUUGUCUCUGAUUCUUGUUAGUUUGUAAGGUAUAAUGCUGGUUUUAAACUUUGGACAGAAACUUCUUGUUGUAGAAGGAAGUGAUGUGUGUGUUUACCUUUGAUCAUUUUGGACAGUUAGCAUCCAUCCACAACCUAUUUUCCCAUUUUUUGCACAUGAAGUCGGGGUGUCAUUUCAAAAGUGACAAUCGUUUAAAGCCAAGGUUCACACUGCCGGGUAGUUAGCACCGAAGCGCGAACCACUGCAAACUGAGGAAGGACAUGCAGACUCCAUACAGAAGGCACCCCAGCCGAGGUUUGAACAGGAGAACCACUUUCUACAUUUUAAAAGAAGUAGAAGAUGUCUAUGAGAAGUACAAGAAGGAAAUAGACCAAAUUAAUAAAAAACGAUUGCAGCAGCAUCUCCAGCGAGUACUAAUUGUCAGCCAAGAACUUGGGGAUGAAAAAAUUGAAGUAGUUGCACAGAUUCUUGAGCUUGUAGAAAACUGGGGAAGGCAGAUUGAGACUCAUUCAUAUUGUUUCCAGGACCCAGCUGAGACUGAAAAAUCUGCAGAGAAGUUAAAGAUAGAAUCUGCCUUACAAGAAAGGUCUUCCAGAAGACCACGUAGGCAGCGGACUAGUGAAAGUCGGGAUUUGUGCCACAUUGCCAAUGGGAUUGAAGAAUGUGAGGAACAGCCACCUAAAGAAAAGAAAUCAAAGUCUGCCAAGAAAAAGAAACGCUCUAGGGCUAAACAGGAGAGGGAAGCUUCACCUGUUGAAUUUGCAAUAGAUCCUAAUGAACCCACAUACUGCCUUUGUAAUCAGGUGUCUUAUGGAGAGAUGAUAGGAUGUGACAAUGAACAGUGUCCCAUUGAAUGGUUCCAUUUUUCAUGUGUUGCACUAACAUACAAACCAAAAGGGAAAUGGUAUUGUCCAAAAUGCAGAGGAGAUAACGAAAAAACUAUGGACAAAUGCACUGAAAAGACUAAGAAAGAUAGACGGUCAAGGUAGUGACCGCUAUAGACAUUUUAAAUUCUUGUUCUUUUGUAAUAUAUUUCACUUAUUUUGAAGCAGAGACAUUGUUUUAGGAAAAAAUGCAUAUGACUAUGCAAUAAUUUUUAAUCUAUUCUAUUGAUGGAGUAUUAAAAGUUGUUGUAUUUUCA